GUGAAUAGACGAAGUGAUAAAGUUUAGCGGGUGACAUAAUACCUUCUGAACCAAUCAAAUCAACGUGAAACAAAAUAAGUGUUAUUUUAAUAAGAGACAUCGUGUUAUAAUCAGUGAAUUUAGUUGAAAGAAAUUCCAAGAAAAUGCCAGCUAUCGGAAUUGAUUUAGGAACAACAUACUCGUGCGUUGGUGUUUGGCAACAUGGCAACGUAGAAAUUAUCGCCAACGACCAGGGUAACCGUACCACGCCCUCGUAUGUCGCUUUCACAGACACAGAGCGACUCAUCGGAGAUGCAGCGAAGAACCAGGUGGCUUUGAACCCCAGCAAUACGGUGUUCGACGCCAAACGUCUCAUCGGCCGCAAAUUUGACGAUCCCAAGAUCCAACAGGACAUGAAACAUUGGCCUUUCAAGGUGAUUAACGACUGCGGCAAGCCCAAAAUACAGGUGGAGUUCAAGGGUGAGACGAAGCGAUUCGCGCCCGAGGAAAUUAGCAGCAUGGUUCUUACCAAAAUGAAGGAAACUGCGGAGGCGUACUUAGGAACGACAGUGCGCGACGCCGUGAUCACAGUGCCGGCUUACUUCAACGAUUCGCAGCGCCAGGCUACCAAAGAUGCCGGUGCUAUUGCCGGCCUGAAUGUGCUACGAAUCAUCAACGAACCGACGGCGGCUGCGCUCGCCUACGGCCUCGACAAGAACCUGAAGGGCGAGCGGAACGUGCUCAUAUUCGAUCUCGGCGGCGGCACCUUCGACGUCUCCAUUCUGACGAUCGACGAGGGUUCGCUGUUUGAAGUGAAGGCGACCGCCGGAGACACUCAUCUCGGCGGGGAAGACUUUGACAACCGAUUAGUGAACCACCUCGCAGACGAGUUCCAGCGCAAGUACCGGAAGGACUUGAGGACGAAUCCACGCGCGCUACGUCGCUUGCGCACCGCCGCCGAACGCGCGAAGCGAACACUGUCUUCCAGCACUGAAGCCACAAUUGAGAUAGACGCGUUGUACGAGGGCAUCGACUUCUACACUCGUGUGUCCCGCGCGCGCUUUGAAGAGCUGUGCUCCGACCUCUUCCGCGGCACGCUCGAACCAGUCGAGAAGGCGCUGCGAGAUGCCAAGAUGGAUAAAAGUCAAAUUCACGACGUUGUGCUUGUCGGCGGCUCCACGCGCAUCCCCAAGAUACAGAAUCUUCUGCAGGGCCUGUUCUGCGGCAAGAAGCUGAAUCUGUCCAUCAACCCGGAUGAAGCGGUCGCUUACGGCGCGGCCGUACAGGCUGCCAUCCUGAGCGGCUCUAACGACACCCGUAUCCAGGACGUAUUGCUUGUGGAUGUAGCGCCGCUGUCGCUUGGCAUUGAGACGGCUGGCGGGGUUAUGACUAAAAUCAUCGAACGCAACUCGAAGAUCCCCUGCAAGCAGUCUCAGACCUUUACCACCUACUCGGACAACCAGCCAGCUGUGACUAUCCAGGUGUACGAAGGAGAACGCGCCAUGACAAAGGAUAACAACCUGUUGGGUAGGUUCGACCUCACCGGUAUACCGCCUGCGCCGCGCGGCGUGCCCAAGAUCGACGUGACGUUCGACAUGGACGCGAACGGCAUUCUCAACGUGUCCGCCAAAGAGAACAGCACGGGCCGCAGCAAGAACAUCGUGAUCAAGAACGACCGCGGGCGGCUGUCGCAGGCGGAGAUCGACCGCAUGCUGGCAGACGCCGAGCGAUAUAAGGAGGAGGACGAUAGACAGAGGCGACGCGUGACGGCUCGCAACCAGCUGGAGUCGUACGUGUUUAGCGUGAAGCAGGCGGCGGACGAGGCCGAGGGCCGCCUGAGCGAAGAAGACAAGCGAGCAGCGCGCGACGCCUGCGACGACGCGCUGCGGUGGCUCGACAACAACACGCUCGCCGAGCAGGAGGAGUACGAGCACAGACUGAAAGAGCUGCAGCGGGUUUGCUCGCCGAUUAUGACUAAGAUGCACGGCGGAGGGGCCGGAGCGGGCGCGGGGAUGCCAGGAGGAAUGCCCGGUGGGAUGCAAGGAGGAAUGCCUGCCGGGAUGAGCGGAGGAAUGCCCGGGGGUAUGCCGGGAGGUAUGCCCGGGGGUAUGCCGGGAGGUAUGCCCGGGGGUAUGCCGGGAGGUAUGCCCGGGGGUAUGCCGGGAGGUAUGCCCGGGGGUAUGCCUGGCGGGAUGAGCGGAGCAAUGCCAGGCGGCAUGUUUGGAGGAAUGCCUGGCGGUAAUAUGUUUGGGGGAAUGGGCGGCGGAAUGUCGGGAAGAAUGCCAGGCUAUCAGAACCCGAACGAACAUCACGGUGGGCCUACGAUUGAAGAAGUGUUUUAAUUAUUUCUAGUCCAGUAUUAAAUCUAUAUACUCAAUGUGCCAAAGAAAAGACUGAUACCUUAAGACAAAAUGUAAAUAAAAAUCAUUAGUAAUAUUAUUUCAUCUUUUAUU